GUUCCCACUUCCGCUUCCGGCGGGGUCGGGGAAGAUGGCGGCGGCCGUGGGCGCGGCGGCGCUGCCGGUCACCCUGGCGCGGCUGGCGUCGGCGUGCGGCCGCCGCAUCCCGAGGGCGUCGCGGCCCGCAGCGGCCUGCCUGUGGCCCGUUUCCAGAAGCUUCAGCUCGCCAAGCAGGUCGUUCCCACCUGGGUACGUGCCCCCCACAUCCCUGAGCUCCCCGCCCUGGCCCGCCGUGGUUCUGCCGGAUCCGGCCGAGGAGACGCGCCAUCACGCCGCCGUGGUGCAGAUGGUGAACGAGCUCAUCGCGGGCGGCCAGUACGGCCGGCUCUUCGCCGUGGUCCACUUCGCCGGCCACCAGUGGAAGGUCACGUCCGAGGACCUGAUCCUGAUCGAGAACGAGCUGGAGGUGCCGUGCGGGGAGCGGAUCCGGCUGGAGAAGGUCCUGCUGGUCGGGGCUGACAAUUUCACGCUACUCGGGAAACCACUCCUGGGGAGGGACCUGGUCCGCGUGGAAGCCACCAUCAUCGAAAAGACGGAGUCGUGGCCGAAAAUCAACAUGAAGUUUAGGAAAAGGAAAAACUACCAGAGGAAGAAGAUCAUCGUGAACCCCCAGACCGUGCUCCGCAUCAACACCAUCGAGAUCGCCCCUCGCCUGUGCUGAGCCUCCCCGCGGGAACGUGAACCAGCUUCAGUGCCGUGGGCGUGGGACCCUCGCAGACAGUGGCCCCCGGGACCUUGGGAAGGGCCGCGGGCGGGGCCUGCGCACACAGAGACCCCGGGGUCGAUCCUGGGUGCCCCAUGGGACCCCAGGCCCUGCCGGUUGUGGCCUCACAAAAUGAAAACAAAGAAAGAAUUCCAGGCCCGGCCUCCCGGGGCCGGAAGUGGA